AUGGGAGAAGUUAAUAACGUGAAGAACUCAAAGCCACGGCUUCUGACUGUCUGGAAAACCUGCAACGCUGUUAUGUCUUUAUUCUUCACCCUCGCAUCAUACGUCCAGAUAAAUGACCCGGAUGCAGGUCUAUGGAUGGUGGGUUAUGGUGUUCCUGCAGUCCUGUGUGCGUUAAUUGGCUUCAGACCGCACGUGACAGAGUCUUUGCCCUGGAGGCGCGUUGCUGACCUUCAUGUGAUGAUCUCCAGUGCAAUUAUCUCCAUGUUAGGGUGGAAACUUUACACAGGCCCAGUCACUCACAUCUUCCACCAGGAGGAGGGCAGAGAAUUUUCUGGUCUCAUGCUGAUGGCUGUUUGGCUCCUCCUGUGUCGCCACUCUGGAAGAGCUCCUGUUGGGAUGCUGCGUGUGUCUACAGCUGUUGCCAUCACAGUUUUUCCUAUUGUAGCCUGGCUGUAUUACUACACCAAUAAGGAGCUGAGAUCAAACUGGCCUUCACAUUGUAAAACUGCUAUUUAG